AUCAUAUAUAUGAAACCCUAAUCACACUUAUACUUUUGCACAGGGUUCUCUCUUAGCAGCAGCUGCCUCAAAACACACACAGUAAUCUAUGGCGGUUCCUAAGCUUGACAAGAAGAUCAUCAAGAAGAGGGUCAAGAAGUUCAAGAGGCCUCAAAGUGACUGGAAGAUAUGCGUUAAGGAAAACUGGCGCAGGCCGAAGGGUAUUGAUUCAAGGGUCAGGCGAAAGUUUAAGGGUGUCACUCUUAUGCCUAACAUUGGUUAUGGUUCUGACAAGAAGACCCGCCACUUUCUGCCAAAUGGGUUUAAGAAGUUUGUAGUGCAUAAUGCCAAAGAGUUGGAAGUUCUCAUGAUGCACAACAGGACUUACUGCGCUGAGAUAGCACACAAUGUGUCUACCCGCAAAAGGAAGGACAUUGUUGAGCGUGCGGCACAAUUGGAUGUGGUUAUUACUAACAAGCUUGCCAGACUUCGCAGCCAGGAAGACGAGUAAACUUAGUCUCCCCGUCUACUAUUAUGUGUUUCUUUUGUUACUUUUGAUUGUUCAAGAAUCCUGUUAGGAUGCUACUUUUAAGUGCAUUUAGUUUUGUUGUCAGAAGCUUAAAUUUUGUUGCCUAUGAAAUGGUUUUAUUGAAGAUUA